AUAAUUACAUUUGAAAAUUUUAUCCAUUCUUGCGAAACUGACAUGUGAGCUUUUGUUUACUCAGCUGAUAUGUGUCUCCCAGCUGAUAUCAACUAGAUUUCUACUGACGCCUUUCAAAAUAUGCGUGUCUAUUUUCUAAGUUUUUCUGUCACUUGUUUUCCUGCAGAAUUGAGACAAAUAAUUUUGGAUUGAUAUUUUACAAGAAUUAUGGCUAAUAAUAACUCAUAUAUUGAAUGUCCUGUUAAACCACCAACAUCUCUUCAAAGAUCCCUUUUUGUUCCAAAUAAAUUAUUAGUGGGACCUGGUCCUUCAAAUUGUCCUCCAAAGGUAUUAAAUGCAGCUUCUAGGCAGAUGCUUGGACAUUUAGAUGAAGACUUUUUAAAAAUAAUGGAUGAUGUGAAAAUUGGAAUACAAUAUGCUUUCCAAACUAAAAACAGAAUGACAUUUGCUGUUAGUGGAACUGGACAUUGUGCAAUGGAAACAGCAAUCUGUAACAUUCUUGAGCCUGGAGAAAAAUUUUUAGUCACCUCACCUGGGAUUUGGGGAAAUAGAGCACUGGAAAUAGGAUCCCGGAUUGGAGCAAAAUGUUAUCAGAUGAAUAUUUCCAGUGAAGAUGUUGUACAAUUAAGUGAUUUGAAAAAGGCUAUUGAAACUUUCAAACCGCACGUAGUAUUUAUCUGCCAUGGUGACAGCAGUACUGGCACUCUUCAACCACUUCCAGAUAUUACUAGCUUUCUGAAAGGAUUGAAUUGCAUUAUCAUUGUUGAUAGCGUUGCAUCAUUAGGAGCUGCUCCCCUCUUCAUGGAUAAAUGGGAUAUUGACAUUUUGUACAGUGGCUCUCAGAAGAUUUUAAAUGCCCCACCUGGACUGUCACCCAUCAGUUUCAGUCCAAAAGCUGUGAAAAAAUUGAAAUCAAGGAAAAUUCCUGUGACUUCAUUUUAUAUGGAUGCUCUAUUGAUUGGAAAUUACUGGGGAUGCGAUGAUGAACCUCGCAAAUAUCAUCAUACAGCUCCUAUAAAUUUGGUCUAUGCUCUUAGAGAAGCCCUUGCAAUUUUAGCAGCAGAAACAUUGGAAAAAUGUUGGGAAAGGCACAAGACUUGUGCUAAAAAACUUUGGAAAAAUCUAGAAGACAUGGACUUGGUUUUAUAUGUACCAAAAGAAGUUCAUCGUUUGCCUUCAGUUACAACUGUGAAUAUACCAAUCAAUUGUAAUGGCACAGCGCUACCAUUAUGCUUAAGGAAAAGCUCCACCUGCCUGAGAAGCUGUCUAGUCUGCUUAAUCGAAAAUCCGCCAACAUUGUACAUAAUCAACAUUAAUGAAACGCUUAAAACGAACAAGUUUGCUAUUGAUAUAGCAGGAGGCUUAGGUCAAACAGCUGGCAAAGUCUGGCGUAUUGGUUUGAUGGGAUGCAACUGCAGUGCAGAAAAUGUUUCAAAAGUUACAGAUGCUUUACGAGAAUGUCUGGAUGGAAAUUUCGUUAAAAGUUCAUUGUAAUAAUACAUUUCAAACUAAAUUCACUAUAAAAUAACAAAAUUAAAUGAAAGAUACUUGACUUUUUAACUUUCCCAAUGUUAAUUUUAGGUAUGAAUUCUCUAAUGAGUAAAUUUUUAAAAAAGUUAUACUAAACAUCUAAUUGAUAUCUGCUAUCAAAUUAUUUGUGUAUUUGCUAUUAAAAUUUUACUUUCAAACUAUUUAAACCGAAAUCUUUCAAGAAUUUGUUAUUCGGUUUGCUGGGGAUAAUAUCACGUUUUCUUCAAGUUACUGUAGAAAAGCAAAGUGAUUCUUAGAAUGACAAGAAAAUUACAAUGCUAUCAUAUCUUUCACAGUGCAGCAUGAAAGUAUUUGAAGUCCCUUGUACAUUAAUGAAUCACACUAGUUGCGACACCGAAUCUUCAUAAGAAGACUCGAGGCUUUUAUUUCCUGAUCAUUUGUACUCAUGAUACAGUGUUUUCAAUUUAUUAAUGAACGGUAUUGCUGCAUAUUUUAAAAAUUGAAAACGCCAGAAUGGCUGCUGAUUUGUAGGGACAGAUGUGUUAGAGAUUGUCAACCGAAAAUUCUGUAGGAACUUUACAAUUAAUAUAUCUUUUGUCUAGAAAUUGCAAUUCGAUAAUAUAGGGAUGGUCCAGAGGAUAUUUGUACGGUUUGCAGAGGAUUUUAAAAGAUUUAAAAAAUAAACAAAAUGAAUAAAUUAUUUUCUAAUAAAAGCUGAUAAGACGUUUUUUUAGAUUAUUUUUUAAUUUAUUUUCAGGAUAGUAUAGUACUGUGCAAUUUAAUUGGGGCAAACUCCAUUUUUUAUAAUUUUUUUCAUUUCGCGGGAAUUUUCUGCCUCAAACCGGUUUUAUCUGCAUUUUCUUACAAAAAAGGGUUUUUCUUUACUAGUCUAAACUGGUUUGACCAUGUGAUCAUCACACGUAGAGCAUUUUGCCAUCAGUUGUGUUUCAGUAGCAGCAGGAGGUUGAUUGUGUCUUGUUCUAAUGCAUAUGAAAAAUGUAUAUAUCACUCCAGAAAAAGGACUAGAAUUGGUAUCCUCAGUCAACACACUUCAAUAACAGUGAGGGAUAUUGCUGCAGCAGCUGGAGUUUGAAAAUUGAGUGUUUCAAGGAUUAUUAAUCAGCAAAUUAAGUUUGGGACAGUUUCUCCAAAACGAACGAAUAAAUGUGGAUACAAACGCAAUACAACACUUCAGACAGACAAAUUUCCUGUAAAAAUUAGUAAAAUGCACCCUUGCAAAACAAGUACAGAUCAGAUUAGAGAAUUAUUAGCUACUGGUGUGAGCAGUGAUUCACCAACAAUAUGACGAAGUUUUAUUGAAGCAGACGGAUGGAUAGGAAACCAGUAAAAAAAAAAAAAAAGUUGUUAACACCUGCAAUGAAGAGAAAACUUUUGUAUUGGGCCAGGAAAUAUCAAUCUUGGAUUGCACAAGACUGGAAUAAGGUUGUAUUCAGCGACAAAACAUUUUUUUGUGCAAGGGGUUCAUUCAAAAUUUGUCAGACGAAGUGCUGGAAAAAACCCAUCUGAGAACAACAUCUUAAUCAAAAAGUUAAGCACCCUCAGAAGCAGAUAUUCUGGGGUCAUUUUACAACUGUAGGAUCUGGUAGCUUAGUACCAGUUGAAGGGACAAUGAACUCUAAAAAAUACAUUUCAAUACUAGAAGAGAAAAGUGUGCCUCUGAUGCAAAUGUUUGCUGAUGGUGUUGGUGUCUUUCAACAAGAUCUUGCUCCAAACUGUCAUUCAAAGGUGGUAAAGAAUUUUUUUCAAGAAAAGGUAUUAACAGUUUUGGAUUGGCCUGGUAAUUCCCCAGAUGUAAAUCUCAGCAAAAAUUUCUGGAGCAUUGUGAAGAAACAUGAGAGUAAAAUGGAUUGUUCAGUUAAGAGAAAUAUGAUUGAGAAUAUCAUAAAAGUUUAGUUUCAUUUUGAUGACAUCAAAAACGUAUGUUAUAAAUUAGUAAAAUCCAUGUUAAAACGUGUACAGUAUCUCAUUAAAGCUACAGGAGGGCAUAUUUGCUACUAGAUUGCUAUACCAUGCAUGUAAAUGAACCUAUACUAAUUAAACAACAAAGGUGAAACUUUUUGUGUUUGUCCCAAUUAAAUUGCACAGUACUGUAGGUAUUUUCUAUAAAAUAACAAACGGAAGUGUAUUCUUUAUAGUCUAAUUGAGGUCGAAGAAUUUGAAAGUUGCGGCAAGACCAUUUUCUCAGUUAUAAAGACAUUUUGCCUUUUGUGUCAGUUAAUAUCCCGUCAUUCAAAAGAAGUAAAGCAAAAAAUAAAGUAUAUAAAUAUACUUCACACUUACUCGAAUAUAAACACGAUGCCAAAUUCUGGUUUAUUUGUAUAGAGCCAUUUAAGAUACUGUCCGUUUUCAAAAAAGAAAACCUUCUGAUCUUUUCACGCAGUCGACUUUGAUUCCACCACAAUAGGAGUGGCAUGAAAGAUAAUAAAAGAAAGGCCCUUUUUUUAAAAAAAUCAAGCAAUGUAUUGAACCAUUACACAAGUUUAGAUUUAAAGCGCAUAU